AUGGCGUAUCAUGUGCCAGUUUACUCUAUAGAGAGAGCAUCGCUUUCAAAUAGAACACUAUCACCAAAGAACGAGCCAAGGGUUGCAAUUGACCCAAUUACAUUAAUGAUAAAUGAAUGUAUGACUAUAUCAUCAGCCAUGCGCAAAAUGACAAGAUGGUCGCAGAGUGGCGUGGCAGCAAUAUUAGGCGCCGGUGACUUUUUUGGAGAAGAUGAUCCCAUUAAUAACUUGGCUUCAAACCUUUCGAAUAACAGUAGGCCUGAUAACGAUAAUCCAUUACUUUCGAGUUUUUUACAAUUGAGAACCAUUUUAACCGAGGCACAAGAUUUGUAUGAGUUGGACAGCCUCACCUUGUUACAGCCAUUUUUAUUAGUUGUCAAAUCCUCCUCGAUAUCAGGUCACAUUACUGCUCUUUCAUUAAAUGCAAUCUCCAAGUUUUUGGAUUAUGACAUUAUUUCGUUGAGAUCAAAAAAUAUCCAAAGUACAUUAGUGCAAAUCAUUUCAUCUUUGACACACUGCAGAUUCGAAGCUGCUGACCAGGACUCUGAUGAUUCAGUUUUGUUGAAAGUCUUGAGGUUGCUAGAGUCCAUUAUAACUAGUCCAUUAUCGAACUUCCUUCCCAAUGAAGUAAUAUUUGAGGUUAUUCUGACGUGCCUCUUACCGUUAGCUUGUAAUAAAAGAAGAAGUGAGGUAUUAAGAAGAGCUGCAGAAAUGGCAAUGUCUUCUAUUACAGUCCGUCUUUUUAGCCAGUUAAGGUCUAUCGAACCCGAACCAAUUGAAGACUUGCGGGUGAAUUUCCAAGACACUCAAUUACCGGAAGAUGUCAUUGGUGGAACUGAGAGUCACCCAUCAGUUGUACCAACUCCAGGAAGAAACAGUGAAGAGGAUGUGUCAACACAAAUAAGCAAUGAUGAGAAUGUAAAUACAAACGAGAAAGCGGAGGAGCCAUUUGGUAUAAUUUGCAUUAAUGACUAUUUGGGUAUUCUUAUUUCCAUGAUAUCACCCUCGAAUCAAUAUCAGCAUAUGGAGAGUACCAGAGUUUUCGCUUUCGCGCUUAUCAAUACUGCGAUUGAAGUUUCUGGACUUGACAUUCCGAAACAUUCAUCUUUAAUGAGUUUGGUUGCUGAUCCUGUCUCAAAACAUGUCUUGCAAACUAUAACGACGACAGAUUCUCCCGCAUUAUUGCAAGCUUCUUUACAAUUGUUUUCUACCAUAGCUAUAGUUUUGGGAAGGCAACUCAAGUCUCAGGUAGAAUUAACUUUUACGUUAUUAUUUAAAUCAAUCCUACCUGAAUCUAAGAAAGCACAAAAUGAUAUGAUUAGCGGUGAGCUAGUUACGACCAGAAUCUCUGCCUCCAAGGAAAUGUUAUUAGAAUCGUUGUCAUUAUUAUGGACCAGAUCACCUGUUUUUUUCACUCAUUUAUUCAUUGAUUACGAUUGUGACUUUGACAGAUCAGACUUAUCUACAAAAACAUUACAGUUCUUGUGUCAGUUAUCUUUGCCAGAAUCUGCAUUGAUAACCACAGACAACGUUCCUCCAAUUUGCCUUGAAGGCAUCCUUUCAUUUAUCAGUGGUGUUAACGAUAGGAUUAAAUCAAUAAACCUAGAUUUGAACAGUGUUCCUCUACCAGAUUUAAUUAAAAACAGAAACCAGAAAACUAUUUUUAUAGAAUGUACCAAAAUACUAAAUGAGAACCCUAAAGAAGGUAUUAAAGCUUUGGCUGAUAAAGGUUUUAUCUCAAAUAAUGAAGAUAUUUCUGAGUUAGCUAAAUUCUUCUUUACAAAAUCUGGUCGGUUGAAUAAGAAAGUCUUGGGAGAGUUUCUAGCAAAACCAAAAAAUUCAGAAUUGUUAAGAUCUUUUAUUGCUUUAUUUGAUUUCACUGACUUGAGAGUUGAUGAAGCACUUAGGAUAUUGUUAAGAACGUUUAGGCUACCAGGAGAGUCGCAGCAGAUUGAACGUGUAGUGGAAUUGUUCGCCGAAAGAUAUGUGAGUUGCCAAAACUCUACUCAAGGUGAUUCUGAAAAGGCGGAUCCUGAAAUCGUCAGACCAGAUCGUGAUUCAGUUUUCGUUUUGUCAUACUCCAUAAUUUUGUUGAAUACUGAUUUGCAUAACCCUCAAGUCAAAAGACAGAUGCUUUUAGAUGAUUAUAAACGAAACUUGCGUGGUGUUUACAAUGGUAAGGAUUUUCCUGAGUGGUACUUGGCGAAAAUAUACCUGUCAAUUAAAGACAGAGAAAUAAUUAUGCCGGAAGAACAUCACGGUACCAAUAAAUGGUUUGAUGACGCAUGGCAUAACAUGAUAUCUUCCACUCCCUCUGCAAUUCAAAAUGAAACUGCAUUUACAGCUAUCCAAUUAUGUCAGUUUGAUAAGGUACUAUUUGAGUCUGUGAUUGAAAACAUAAUCGAAACAUUGGUUCGAGUCUUCAAGGAAGCAACUGAUGAUCAUAUAAUUACAAGAUUGAUGUCUACAAUCGAUAAGUGCGCGAAUAUUUGCAUUUAUCAUAGCAUGAGCACGUCACUUGACAAACUCAUUGGUCUCUUAGCAGAUCUAACCUCUUUAACGGAUUUGAAGAGCAGAAAUUCUACAGAGGAUAGCCGUGACAAGAUUUCAAUUACUCAAAUUAAGAUUGAAAAGAAGGAAGAAGCUGUUACAGUUAGCGAGCUUGCAGUCUGGUUUGGUAAAGAUUUUAAGGCCCAAUUGUCAAUUGUUGUUCUUUUCAGACUUAUAAAGAAAUCCGAGUGUAGGAUUACAUCAGCAUGGGAAAAGGUGAUUAGAAUUAUACUAUCUUUAUUUGAAAACUGCUUGGUUAAUCCGAAUUUGUUUCUCGACUUUCAGGGGAAACUCAAACUCAGUCCUCUUCCUAAAGUCAAACCUCGAUAUAUUAUAACAAGAUCAAAGUUGACAAAUGCAGGUAUAUUUUCGACAUUUUCAUCUUUCCUCAAAGGUUAUUCUGAUGACCCGCCAGAGCCAUCAGAUCAAGAGAUUGAAUCGACUUUGUCCACUAUGGAUUGCAUUGCAUCUAUAAAUAUAGCUAGCAUAUUUACUAGUAUAUCAAGAUCCAAAGAUUUAAACAAGUUCGUUGAAUUGCUUUUGGAUGCAUUGCCAAAAUAUUCUGAAGAUAAAAAGAGGUAUUUUGAGUCAGAGACUCUUUUCUUGCUUGAAAGCUGCGUAUGCUUUUGUUUAUUGUUGAACGACUUAGAAACCAAACAGUUGGUUUUAAGUAGGUUAUCAACGCAAGAUCUUUCCAGGAAAGGGCAACUCAGGGUUAUAACUUAUAAAUUACUUUUAGCUAGAAAAUGCGAAACUGACGUUGACAGUAUAAUCACGGAGAUAAUUACACUAGACAAAGAUACAUUGACAAAGAAUGGUAGCCAGUUAGUUCAACCUUUCAUAUCUUUAGUUGAUGAUGAUUCUUGGUGUUCUAAAAAACUUUUAAACGAUGAGAACUAUUGGAAGGUGUUACGCAUUUUCGGCUCCUUACAACUUCAUGCUUCUGAAGUUUUAUUAUUCGUUGAAAGUCUUAUAAAGCAAUCAAGCAAUGAAGUAAAUAUUAAUAACUAUAUGCUGAUAUUGGGUUUAUUAGAUGAAAUUUCGUCUUUAGGGGCAAUGGCAUCACAGUGGGAACAAGAAAGUGACACGAAAAGCGAAUCGAAAAGUGAAGCUAAAGAUGAUUCUCAAAAUAAUACUAAAGAUGAUGCUAAAGAUGAUAAGGACGACGCUAAAAUGUCAUUUUAUGUCAGCUUAGUCAAAAUAUCAAAAUCGUCGAUAACGUUGACGGCAGAUUUGGCACCUUUAUCAAGAAAAUCUGACUUUUACGGUAAAGAUUUUUUUUAUUCCUUAAUGCAAGCAUUAGCACAUCAAUGUUUUAACCCAUGCAGAGCAGUUCGAUCUUACGCUUUGAGUAUGUUACAAGUAACUGCAUUAUCACUUGAGCUGAAUGAUGAAUUAACUCCACAAGGGACAUUUGAAUACGUUUUGUUUCCUUUGCUCACUGAGCUCUCCAAGAAUGAAGUUCUUGAAAGCGAUACUGAAGGCUUCAUGGAGACACAUAUUGCCGCUCUAUCGCUCAUUAGCAAGGUGUUUUUGAAAUUUAGUGCUUUUUUUAAAGAAGGGGAAAUAGAUGAUGUUUGGCUAGAAAUUUUGAAUUAUUUUAUUACAUUCAAUGAUCUUAGUGAAAAGUAUAAUGGCAAGCUAAAAGAGUCAGGCUCUGAAAUUUUGAAGAACAUGAUCUUGGUGCUACAGAACGGAGAUAUCCUCAAAGAGAACACGGAUUUGUGGGAUUCUACUUGGAGUAAAAUUGACUUACUUUAUCCUACGUUGAAAUCAGAAUUGAUUGUAACUGUCGAAAACGAAAUGCCUAAGAUUUCAGAUACUAAAUUUGAGGCACCAGAUGAUUCUUUGGGAGAAGUGCAGGGUGAUGAUGCGGCCUAA